GUAUUUUCGUGAGAACUUGGCUAGGGUUUAAGCGCGUCGCCUAGGUCGCGGAGGAAGGGAUGAGCUGAUCCAAUGCGUCUCCAGGGAUUUCUUUCCGAGAUGAUCGUCUCAGGCCGGGCUUCUCAUCGAAUCUCUAAAAGAAGCCUCUACGCUGGAUUAUGGAAGUCCUUCGCUCGCAUCAAUGAGAACGAGUCGCGAAGGUGUUUCUCGAGUCCUGCAAAGGCUCCAACACCGGAUGAGGCCGGGCAGCAAAAAUCCGAGGCUACGAAUAAAGCUACUCCCGCUGGAUCGCCGAAAGUCCAGCCAGCAGCUGGAGCGCCGCCAAAGACCUCGAAUCCACAACAGGCUGUGCAAAAGCCUCCAGUAAAGCCCGCUCAAGUUCCAGUCGCCGGCGCAGCAAAGCCUAUCGUUUCUGCUUUCAAACCUCAGGUAGCUCAAGCUGCUGGAUCUGCUAGCCAGAAACCACAAGCUCCACCUUCCACCGUCCACAAAACUCAAGCUUCUCCUCCUCCACCAGGUCAGAAAGCUCAGGUUUCUCCAGGUGGUGGUGUGAAGACGGUGCCUCCUCCAGUGACCAGAACUGUUCCUCCAGCCGGACAGAAAGUAUCUCAAGCAACUUCUAGCGUGAGUCAGAAACCAAGUACGUGGAAGGUGUUAAUGGCCUCCGGGGCUGUCGGAAGCGUGGUGCUGGGAUUGUUCUACUGGCAGUUCCCCAGAAUUCACGACGGAUCGACAGAUGCUGGAGAUAAAGGGAAGGAUGCCGGUGAUGCUGGCUUUCUUCCUGAUCAGCAGAACGCGGAUGAGAAGUCAGCUGCGGAGGUUGGGAGUUCCGUGGCAACUGAUUCUGGUGAUACAGAGAAGAAAGAAGAAGAAGCUGUUGUGAACGUCGUGGUGGAGCCUGAUAGCAUCACAGUGGAAACUGUGCCGGUGGAGUCAUUAGCUUCUGAUCACGCUGAAAAGGACGAAACCGAGACUGGGAAAAGUAAUGAGGUAGUAGAAGUUAUCGAGGCAGAGGUCCCCUCGGAAGAAAUCGUCGUGGAGAUCGAACCAGAUUCGCAUGAAGAUGUUUCUAUUAUCGUCAGCAAAUCGGAGGAUGAAGAAGCUCAGAUAACUGUAUCUGACGAUAAUCUGGUAGUGAAAAUAAGAGAAGGAAAUGCAGAUAUCUCAGAACCUGUUUUGAUUCAGCGCGGCCACGAAGAUCUUGUUCAAAGGCACGACAAGGGAAACCUGGUGGCAUCUGAUGACAGUGCUACCCCGAAAAGCACUGGAUUGGAUGUUGUCGCUGCCAUUCAUGCAGCCGAACAAAGGCAAGCAGAGAUUGAUGCAAUGGUUUUCAAGGAACAGCUACAAUUUCUUCAGGAGAAGUUCCAACAUGAGUUGACAGAUGCAGAACGGAAGGCCUCGUCGUACCAAGAACAGAUCAGACGCCUUCGGGAGGGCAUGGAGAACCAGAAGCUCACUCAUGUCAGCCAUCUGAAGAAGCAACAAGAGGAAGCUGAGUCUAGAUUUCAAGAAAAAAUGAAACUAAAGGACGAAGAAACUCAACGGCAGUUGGAGGAAGCUGAGCUUCGUGCGAAGGCGGAAUCGGCUGCUGCAAUAAUAGAAGAACGGACAUCCUUUUUGAACGACAUUGGUAGUGUUAAAGUGCAUAUGGAGGCUAUGAACGCUGCCUUGGAAGCGAAAUCGGAAGAAGCCCGUGAGGGCCACGAGAUAAAGCAGCUUUCUUUGGGGGCUUUCGCUUUGGAGGACGCCUUGCAAAACGGAGCACCCAUUGAGAAAGAGGUCACGUCACUUCUAAAAUCGGCCGGUGGCGACCCGCUGGUGGAAGUUGCAGUGAUGACACUGCCAAAAGAGGUAUUGGAAGUGGGAACCUUGACCCCCGCAGAGCUGGACAGAAAGCUGAAAGACAUGGAGGGAGCAUUGAGGGAACUUGCGUUGAUGCCCCCCACUGGCGGGGGAGUCUUGUGCCACUUAAUCGCUCGUCUCGCUUCGGCCCUCAAGUUGCCUGAUCACGCUUUGUAUCUCGACUCUGGAGUGGACGCCGUCCUCGCUCGAGUCCAGGCCUUCGUGGCGAGCGGCAAGCUUCUCGACGCAGCCGAGGUCCUGUCGCUGGGCUUGUCUGGAACAAACGCCGAUAAGCUUGCCGGGGAAUGGGCCACUCAGGCCCGAAACAGAGCCGUCGCGGAACAGGCCUGCGCACUGCUGAGAGCUCACGCAGCGGCACUGGCACUGAGUGAGAGCGAGCAAGCAAGCUAGAGAUAGAAGACGCCAUUGUGUGCUUCCUCUUUAGAGGCACAGGCAAGCGAUUGACAAAGAAGAUGAGAUAGGUGACGAGGAGCAAGAGAAGUAGAGCAGCGAUGAGAGCCAGCGAGAUUCUAUUCCUCUUGACGGCUUUUCCAUAAUGCUUUGGCCUUGGCGGCGGCUGUGCUGCAUCCGAGGAAGAAGGGAAAACGAUGCGAACUUCGUCUGACGAUGCGCUCUUGUUCACUAAACACCACUCGUCCAUGGCUGCCCUAAUAAAGCCGCUCGCCACCUUUUUUAUACGGCCAACAAAUAGCCAUUGUCAUAUAUGGAAAGCAUUCCGGCCACCUUUAAUAAGAAUAUCUUUAAGAUAA